AAAUGAAGAUGCAAAAAACAUCUUUUUAUGAAGAUACUUUGUAUAAAAGUGUGAUUUAUUGAUUUGGCCACACUUCAAAUAAAAACAACACUUUUAUAACAUAUCAAAAUCUAACCCUACAAUCCAUCAUCUAAGGGUCAAAAAGAAAAAUCAUCACAUAAAGACAAUUAUAAUAUCUUCAUGGGAGUACCCACCAUACAAAUAAUAUACAUAAGUCCGAAAGGCUUAGAAUUUGCAAUAUUUGGCAAAAAAUGUCGUCCCCUAUGAUGACUUCAUCACCAAACAAAUUCAUAAUAAGCAAAGAAAUAUCCGAAGAAGAUGAGAUAGAAGAUGAAUUGAGUAAAAAGCUAGCGCAUUACACAUUAGAAGGCAAUUGGCAUGAAGUAAGGAAGAUGUACGAGUCAAAGCCAAAGGCACACACCAUAACGGUUAACAGUUCUGAGGACACGGCGUUGCACGUGGCCGUGGAUUUGGACGAAGAAGAAGUUGUUAAAGAUCUUGUGCAUGAAAUCGUGGCGCAUAUGACGGGUGCUCUGGAGAAAGGGAAUGAGCACGGCGACACGCCUCUCCAUGUGGCGGCGUCAAGGGGGUUUGCGAAACUCUGCAAGUGCAUCAUAGCAGAGAGAGGAUAGAAUUGAGGACAUUGAAGAACAAGAAAGGGGAGACACCAUUAUUUCUUGCUGCUCUUAAUUGUUACAAGGAAGCCUUCGCUUACCUCCAUCACACCCAUCAAAGCCUCCCCAUCACUUUGCCGGAGCUUGUCCGCGACCAUGACGGAGAUACCAUUCUCCACUGUGCUAUUAGGAGGGAGUAUUUUGAUUUAGCGGUGAUAAUACUGCAUUAUUUUGGUGAACUUGCUACCCUCAGCAACAACAAAGGGCUCACCCCUCUCAAAGUCCUUGCUACUAGGCCAUUGGCCUUCCCAAGUGGAAUCAAAUUUUCAUGGUGGAAGUUAAUCCUCUACCACUGUGUACUUGUAGAACCAUUGGAUGCCGGAAGUAAAAUGAAAAAGUAUUUGGAAAGGAUGAACAAAACUGAACCCAAAGAAUUGCUUCCAGAGAAUUUACACCACAUUAUACAAAUCCUCAAAAUCACUAAUUUCUGUUGUUGGUAUGUGAAUACAUUUUCAUUCUAUCCCUUCUCUUUCUCUCUGGUGUGUACUUGAACCAAUUCAUCAAUAUAUGAAAUAUGCUUCACCGGUGAGAUCAGAUGUGACUGCAUUUUUGUAUAUAAUACAUCCUAAUUAAUUAACACGGCGAAAAACAUUUAGAGAUCAGAGAAUUAUAUUGCAAUGCAAACACAUGCUUGUGUUUAUGUGCAGGCAAAUUUUUUCUUAAUUGGGGAAGUGAUGACAAGGUCGAUGAAGAAAACCCCUCAGAAAAAUAUGAUGGAUUCUUUCCACCAAACUGUGCUGUGAUUUGCCAAUCUAUCAAAACUGCAGACGUGUAUUCUUUUGGUGUUUCUGGACAAGUGUUAAAUAAGGUAAGAAAGACAAAGAAGAAUCACCAAUGGAGUAAUCAACUGUUGAAGACACUCAUGAAAAACGCUUCUGAGGCAUUCACUGGAACUGGAGCUGGCGGUAAACCCUCUGAUGAUUGGAAAGGUGACUUCUACGAAAUAAAUGAUGCUUUUACUCAACGACAGAACCCGCCCAAAGCUGCUUUAGAAGAGCAAUCUUGGACCAUAGGUAACUCGACCUUGCAAAUGAUGUGGGAUACGAAAUGGCAUGAGUAUAUUAGGGGCAUAAUGCCUGAGGAGAACUACUUGAGAAUCAAUCACCAUAGGAAAACAGCAAAGCAAAUCUUCAUCGAAUCACACAGAGAUCUUAUUGAGAAUAGUAUCACAGAGCUGAAGGAGACAUCAGUAGCUUGUAGUGCUGUGGCUGGUAUCAUUGCCAGUGUUGCCUUUGCUUCCACCAGCAGCACCAGCGGCGGCGGCGGUAACGGUAGCGACAACAAAGGACUGGAAGUAGGAAAACUCGAGUCCGAUACACUGGCCGUUGCUUCUCUUGUUGGGCUUUGCUUCUCCGUAUCUUCAAUCAUAACGUUCCUUUCUCUUUACAAUUCUCUAAAACAAGCCGACGAUUUUCGGAGAUCCUUGCCACUGAAACUUCUUCUGGGUUUAAUUUUCCUCUUCCUCUCAGUUGUAGCAAUGAUUAUUUCCUUCAGCUCCGGCCAAUACUCUCUCCUUAGUCACCAUGGUCGCUCCUUCUUGAUUCCGCUUUAUGCAGCAACUUUCUUUCCUCUUUGUUUAUUUGUCGUCGUCCAGAUUCCACGUUGCUUUGAUAUUCUCAAAACUAUUAUAUCUUCUCAACUUCCCUGACUUCUUGCUUCAUAAUACUAAUCAUACCAUAGCUGGCUACCUUCUUCAUUUCACAGCGACCAUUCUUCUUAGUUCUUACAUAUUUAUUGUAUGUAUAUUCGGUAUUUAAAAGUUAAAACAGAACCCGUA